AUGCCAGCAACAUCAAUCGACUAUGAAGCAAUCCCCGGCGAUUCACAUCUCGUCAAUUUUGGCGAGAAGAAUGGCGAACAAGGAAAAGUUGUGCUAAACCCAACACCUUCAGAUGAUCCAGACGACCCGCUUAAUUGGUCGCCACGCCGCAAAUGGACUGCAGUGGCCUGUGUAUUAGUAUACACCCUUUGCGCCUGCAUUCCCACGGCGGCCAUUUACUCCGUGCUUCCCAACAUCGAAGAAAAGACUAAUAUCACACUUAGUGACUUGAACAGUGGCACUGGCUAUAUGUUCUUAUUUCUAGGUAUAGGUUGUCUAUUCUUCCAGCCAAUGGCGCUGCAAUUCGGGAAGAGACCAGUCUACCUUUUUUCCAUGCUUGCGACGGCCAUGAUCUGUGUUUGGCCCCCUUACACCAAGUCUAAUGGUGAAUGGAUUGCGUCAAAGAUUUUGCAGGGCUUUGUCGGAUCCUCUAUGGAAUCGCUGCCUGAAAUCUCGAUGAGCGAUCUUUUUUUCGAGCAUGAGAGGUCAUUUGCUUUGUCUCUAUAUGGAUUGACGCUGUUAGGCGCUUCUUUCCUUGCUCCUUUCGUUGCUGGCUUUAUUUCUGAGGGCCAAGGUUGGGAGUGGGUUAUGUGGUGGUGUGCUAUUCUUGGCGCUGUUGCAUUCGUAUUCCUGUUCUUCUUCAUGGAAGAAACCAAUUACAACCGUAAACUGAGGGUCGAUGAGGCCACUGGAAAACUUCUCUCCUUGCACUCUAGAAAACAGCAAUUGAGAAGCGUUGUUAGCAACAUUGACGAGAUUAUAGGGCGUCCCGCUACAUCAAAAGAGAAUCAUGAGAAAGACCAAGCCAAAAUUAAUGACCUGGAAGAAUCGUCCAAGAAUGACGAGUACGCUGAAAAUAUUUACAUCGCUAACCAGGUUAGCAAUGUGGAAGUGGUAAAUACCAGCGCUUACAUCAACGCACAUUACACGAAGAAAACAUAUUGGCAGAAGCUUUCCUUGCUCGGUGGGAGACGCAAAAAGUUCCUUCUGCAGCAUUACGCUCUUGCACCAUUCUUGAUGGCCCGUUUUCCUGUGGUUCUGUGGGCCGGGUUUCUCUACGGCAGCUCUCUUGUGUGGUUUAAUGUUUUGAAUGGCACAGCUGCAUUGAUUUUGAGCGGCAAGCCUUACAAUUUUCCCUCUCGAUCAAUAGGUACCGCGUAUCUCUCGCCUACAGUAUUCAGCUUCAUUCUCUUUUUUCUUUCGGGACUUUCUUCAGACUGGCUGAAGGUCCGUGUUGCGCGUUGGAGAGGUACGGGUUUGAGUAAACCCGAAGACAGAUUAUGGAUGCUAUUGAUCUACUGUGUUUUGGGCUGUUUUGCCUCAAUUUUGUGGGGUGUUGGCGCGUAUUAUGAAAUACAUUGGUUCGGCCUCGUUUUUGGAAUGGGUCUUCUAGGAGGCUGCGGGAUCUUUGCCAUAGCUGCUUCAGCGACAUAUGUGGUAGACACAUACAAAGAGCUCGAUACAGAAGCCAUGGUGGUUGUCAUUCUAAUACGUAAUUGCAUGUCUUUUGGUGUGAGCUAUGGAAUAACAGACUGGGUCACAAACCUAGGGUACAAAGACUGCUUCAUCAGUGUUGCAUUUUUGUGCUUCGCAGCAAACCUCACAUUUCUCGUAAUGAUCUGGGCUGGGCCACGGUUGCGGGAUAAUCAAAAGCACAUGUAUUGGUCCAUGGUGGACAGGUACCGGAAGCUGGGAAUGCAUUAA